UGAGCUUUCAUAACUGUUCUCUCCUCUCAAAUAACUCCAAAAACCAAAUCACCUUUUUUUUCUUGCUUCUUCUUCUUCUUCAAUCUCUCUUUCGCUUCGAUUUCAAUUUCGUAAUCUUAUCAUCACACACACAUCAGAGAGAAGAGCGAGAGAGUUGCUUCUAAUCUCUGCUUCUUCUUCUUUUUCUGGAUUUUUUUUUCAAAUCUCCGGAACUUACGUAUCCAGGGAAAAACCAAAAACCAUAACAAUCGAUUCUGGAUCAUCUGUGGAGCUUUAAAGGAAAUUCGAGAGAUAAAAGGUGAAGAUUGAGUUUCUUGUUUGAUGAUAUUUGGUUGAAGAAGUUAUCAAAGAAACUGAAGAAAAAAGACAUGAAAAAGAAUAAGUUUAGAGAGACCUUGAAGUCUUUCUUUGAGAAAGGUGAAAUGCUUAAAGGAACUAAAACUGAAAUAGAUGAAAAGGUGAACAAAAUCUUGGGACUGGUUGAGAGUGGAGACGUCAGUGAGGAUGAAUCUAAAAGACAAGUGGUUGCAGACUUAGUGAAGGAAUUCUACAGCGAGUACCAGUCUCUGUAUCGCCAGUACGAUGAUCUAACUGGAGAGAUUAGGAAAAAGGUCAAUGGGAAAGGAGAAAGCUCCUCUUCAUCGAGCUCAGACUCGGAUUCUGACCAUUCUUCUAAGAGGAAGACCAAGAGAAAUGGAAAUGGAAAAGUAGAGAAAGAUGUAGAGUCGGUAACGGAUGCCCUGAAGCAACAAAUCGAAGCUGCAAAUCUCGAAAUUGCUGAUCUGAAAGGGAAGUUAACGACAACUGUUGAGGAAAAAGAAGCAGUAGAUUCUGAGCUUGAAGUAGCUUUGAUGAAGUUAAAAGAAUCAGAAGAGAUUGGUAAUAAGUUGAAACUUGAAAAUGAGAAGUUAGAGCACGAAAAGACAACAGCACUGAGUGAUAACAGGGAAUUGCAUCAGAAACUGGAAGUUGCUGGCAAAACAGUAACUGAUCUGAACCAGAAGUUUGAAGAUAUCAAAAAAGAGAGAGAUGAACUGCAAACUGAGAGAGACAAUGGUAUCAAGAGAUUUCAAGAAGCUGAAAAAGUUGCAGAAGAUUGGAAAACAACGAGUGAUCAGCUCAAAGAUGAAGCUACUAAUUUCAAGCAGCAGCUAGAAGCAUCAGAGCAGCGAGUUUCAGAGCUGACCACCGGUAUGAAUAGUGCUGAGGAAGAGAAUAAAUCUCUAUCCUUGAAAGUUUCCGAGAUUUCAGAUGAGAUCCAACAGGCACAGAAAACCAUACAAAAACUAAUUUCCGAAUUGGGAGAGAUGAAAGAAAAGUACAAGGAAAAAGAGAGUGAGCAUUCUAGUUUGGUGGAGUUACAUAAUACCCAUGAGAGAGAUUCAUCGAGUCAUGUGAAAGAAUUAGAAGAGCAAGUGGAAGCAUCAAAGAAAUUAGUUGCAGAGUUGAACCAAAGCCUGAACAAUGCAGAGGAAGAGAAAAAACUGCUAUCUCAGAAAAUAGCAGAACUCUCUAACGAGAUUAAAGAGGCACAAAACACCAUACAAGAACUCAUAUCUGAGUCUGGACAGUUGAAAGAGAGCCAUAGUGUAAAGGAGAGAGAUCUUUUCAGCUUGAGGGACAUCCACGAGACUCAUCAAAGAGAAUCAUCCUCUCGCGUGAGUGAAUUAGAAGCUCAACUGGAAUCCUUAGAACAGCGGAUCUCAGAGUUGAGUGUGGGUCUGAAGGAUGCAGAGAAAGAAAACAAAGCUAUCUCCUCGAAAAAUUUGGAAACUAUGGACAAGCUUGAACAAGCGCAGAACACGAUACAAGAACUCAGGGAUGAAUUAGGAGAGUUGAAAGACCGUCACAAAGAGAAAGAGAGUGAGCUUUCUAGUUUGGUGGAGGUACACGAGGCAUAUCAGAGAGAUUCAACAAGUCGAGUGGAAGAAUUAGUUGCAAUGGUGAAAUCAGCAGAUCAACAGGUUGCAGAUAUGAAGCAGAGUCUGGAGAAUGCAGAGGAAGAGAAAAAACUGUUAUCUCAGAGAAUCUCAGAAAUCUCUAAUGAGAUUCAAGAGGCACAAAAAACCAUAGAAGAACACCUGUCUGAGUCUGAACAGUUGAAAGAGAGCCACGGUGAGAAAGAGAGGGAACUUACUGGUUUGAGGGAUAUUCACGAGACUCAUCAAAGAGAAUCAUCCACUCGUUUGAGUGAAUUAGAAACUCAACUGACAUUAUCAGAACAACGGGUCGUAGAUUUGAGUGCGAGUCUGAAUGCUGCAGAGGAAGAAAAGAAGUCCAUGUCCUCAGAGAUUUUGGAAAUUACGGAUGAGCUCAAACAGGCCCAAAGCAAGGUACACGAACUUAUGACUGAAUUGGCAGAGUCUAAAGAUACACACAUACAAAAAGAAAGUGAGCUUUCUAGUUUGGUGGAGGUACAUGAGGCCCAUAAGAGAGAUUCCUCAAGUCAGGUGAAAGAAUUAGAAGCACGGGUGGAAUUAACAGAGAAACAGGUCGAAGAAUUGAACCAGAGCCUGAACAGUUCAGAGGAAGAGAAGAAAGUGUUAUCUCAGCGAAAUUCAGAAAUGUCGAUUGAGAUCAAGCGGGCGGAGAGCACCAUACAAGAACUCAAGUCUGAGUCUGAACAAUUAAAAGGGAGCCACACUGAGAAAGACAAUGAACUUUUCAGUUUGAGGGAUAUCCAUGAGACUCAUCAGAGAGAAUCAUCCACUCAGCUAAGAGAUUUAGAAGUGCAACUGGAAUCAUCUGAACACAGGGUUUCGGAAUUGAGCGAAAGUCUGAAGGCUGCAGAAGAAGAAAGCAAAACUAUGUCCACAAAAAUCUCAGAAACUUCAGACGAGCUUGAACGGGCACAGAUCAUGGUACAGGAACUCACAGCUGAUUCGAGCAAACUGAAAGAGCAGCUCGCUGAGAAAGAAGGCGAACUUUUACUUCUUACAGAGAAGGACAGCAAAUCACAGGUGCAAAUAAAAGAACUAGAAGCAACAGUAGCGACACUGGAGCUGGAACUAGAGUCACUUCGUGCCCGUAUAACAGAUCUUGAGACAGAGAUUGCAAGCAAGACCACCGUAGUUGAGCAAUUGGAAGCGCAAAACAGAGAAAUGGUUGCUAGAAUCUCAGAACUUGAGAAGACAAUGGACGAGAGAGGAACUGAACUCUCAGCUUUAACUCAAAAACUUGAGGAUAACGAGAAGCAAUCAUCGUCCUCAAUUGAAAGUUUGACAGCUGAGAUCGAUGGCCUACGAGCAGAACUUGAUUCAAUGUCUGUUCAAAAGGAAGAGUUGGAGAAACAAAUGGUGUGCAAAAGCGAAGAAGCCUCAGUGCAGAUUAAGAGUUUGGAUGAUGAGAUCAAUGGUUUGAGACAGCAAGUGGCCUCACUUGAUAGCCAGAGAGCAGAACUUGAGAUCCAACUUGAAAAGAAGUCCGAGGAGAUCUCUGAAUAUUUGAGUCAGAUUACAAAUCUAAAAGAGGAGAUCAUAAACAAGGUUAAAGAUCACGAGAGUAUUCUAGAAGAAAGAAAUGUUUUAUCUGAGAAGAUUAAGGGUCUUGAACUUGAGUUAGAGACUCUACAGAAACAGAGAAGUCAGCUUGAAGAGGAGCUGAGAACUAAGACAGAAGAGAACGUUCAAAUGCGCGAUAAGAUCAACGAAGCGUCUUCUGAAAUAAUGGCCUUAACAGAACAGAUCAACAAUCUGAAGCAUGAGCUUGAUUCUCUACAUGUGCAGAAGAGCCAAACCGAAGCUGAGCUUGAGAGUGAGAAGCAAGAGAAAUCAGAAUUGUCGAAUCAGGUCACCAAUGUCCAGAAAGCAUUGGUAGAGCAAGAAGCUGCUUACAAUACGCUGAAAGAGGAACACAAUCAGAUUAACGAACUGUUCAAAGAAAGUGAAACAACACUAAAUAAGCUAACAGAUGAUUACAAAGAAGCUCAAAGAUUGUUGGAGGAGAGAACUAAAGAAGUGACAUCCAGAGAUUCUGCAAUUGGGGUUCAUGAAGAGACGAUGGAGAGUUUACGUAACGAGCUGGAAAUGAAAGGAGACGAGAUCGAAACUCUCAUGGAGAAGAUCAGUAACAUCGAGGUUAAGCUACGCUUAUCGAACCAGAAACUGAGAGUAACCGAACAGGUACUAACAGAGAAAGAAGAAGCUUUCAGAAAAGAAGAGGCUAAGCACUUAGAGGAGCAAGCAUUGCUUGAGAAGAAUCUCACCGUCACACACGAGACAUAUCGAGGUAUGAUCAAAGAGAUAGCAGAUAAAGUGAACAUAACAGUAAACGGGUUUGAAUCCAUGUCGGAAAAACUCAAGGAGAAACAGGGGAGAUACGAGAAAACUGUAAUGGAGGCAUCGAAAAUACUGUGGACAGCGACGAAUUGGGUGAUAGAGAGAAAUCACGAGAAGGAGAAGAUGAAGAAAGAGAUAGAGAAGAAAGAUGAAGAAAUAAAAAAGCUUGGAGGAAAAGUAAGAGAGGAUGAAAAAGAGAAGGAGAUGAUGAAAGAGACUUUGAUGGGACUUGGAGAAGAGAAAAGAGAAGCGAUAAGGCAAUUAUGUGUUUGGAUCGAUCACCAUAGAAGUCGUUGUGAAUAUCUUGAGGAGGUUUUGUCUAAGACCGUUGUGGCUCGAGGCCAAAGAAGAGUGUCACAGCGAGCUUAAGGACUCAAGCCACGGUCUUGGACUCUGGUCUAUCAAGAAGCUGGUGGAGAGGUAAUUUUUGGUUGGGUACUUUUGGUGUACUUGUGUUCGAUUAUUUUGUUGCAUUUUAAUAUGUUUGUGUAACUUUUGUUGUUUUUAAAGUCAAUUUUGGUUUAUUGUGGGCAAAGUUGGUGGUGGUUUUUAUGGGAAGGAAUAAAGUGGCUCACACAAAUGGAUUUGAUAUUUUUGUUUUUUUGUGGGUGGGAUUGUAUAGAACGAUUAAAUGUUGCUGUUGGUAUAGUGUUUUUACUUGGUUGGUAUUUGACUAUUUGUUAUAGUAUCAUCUUUGCUCUUUCAUAACAAAAAGUUAUACA